ACAGACAUCAGGAUAAGGAACAAUAAUAGGGUCAUCGCAGACAAAAUGGCUCACACGUUCGCCUACAGACGACAGGAGGUGGUAAACCAAGAGCCAAGAAUCAAGGACUUCAAAGACAGGUGGCCGGCACUGUUCCAACACAAAGAGAUCAAUGCAGAGUUCCAGAGGAUAAUGACCAUUCCUCUUGAGGAGAAGUUCAUGGCCCAGUUGGACAUUCACUCAAGUCAGCUAAUCACAGUCAUCCGUGCCAAAGGAGGAUCAACACGUCAAAAGACUGCUGACAUCAUGGACAUUUUUGACCAGACUGAAGACAUUCAUCUUCGGAGGGAGUGUGUCCUGAGAGCCCUCAUUAUCUUCCUGGGAGAAGAUCCAGAUGAGCUGAUCAAGGAAUAUCUGGACUCCAGAACAGAUGAUCUUCAGAAGGAGAUGGAGGAGCUCACAAUGGGUGUGUUUGUGAUACGGAAGGAGGGGGAAGGACUGCAGGAGCCACCAGCAGACAUCGGCAUCAUCAUCGAGGGCGUGGAGGUGCUGAAUGAACUGCCUUCAGUUGCCUCAGCUUGUGCCCUCCUUCUGGGUUUGCUAUAUGCACUCAACAUAGCAUAUCCAAAACCCCUUCAUUUCACGUUUGAAGUAGUUCAGAAAAUAAUCAUGCAGCUUGACCAACACAAGAUGUCCGCCAAAGUGCAAAGUCUGUAUGGCAGACUUCAAAGCUCAGAGUAACGACAAAUAAAACAACAUUUUCCUCCUCUGGGCCAACACAUGGCCUAGUGCUGUAUUAGCACAAUGGCGUCUUGACAUCGGACAUUGCUCAUGUAAAAGAAAAUGUUGUGGGUGCGGUAGGUUUUUGUUUCACCAUUUUAGUUUUGAUUCCAAGAAAUGGUUAUGUAUUCAGAAGAACAUAAACUUUGUUAAUGUUUAAAUAUUUGUUUCUAACAGCUUUCAUGCAGUGGUUUACUUAAGUAAAAUAUCUCUGUACUUAAUGUAUUUC